GAGGUAGCUAGAGAUAUACUAGGAAAGCAGGCUAGAUCGACCAGAGAUGCAGAGCCCGGUGGUGAAUGGCACAUAUGCUGCAGCAGAUGGAGCUGUUGCCCCUGGUGCUGCUGGCAAUGAUGUGGCAACUCCAAGAGUUGCUGCGAACAACCAUCGGAGAGAUGAACUAAAAGCUCGAGCAGCAAAUGCAUGUGCUGACAGCUGUUUGGAGGCAUGUGACGUAGCGAAGGCAGCAACAGUGAAGGCUCAAGCAGCUGCCGCCCGCUGUGUUCUGGCACGCGACGAUGCCGGAACAGCGGCAUUGCUAGUUCGAAAGGCUCCUAUAUGCAGUGUUGCCCAUAAGGAAGCACGCAGAGCAUAUCGAGAAUCCGCUGACGUCCUUAAGGAAGCACGGAAGGAUGCAGUCGCAGCAGGGUUGGCAGCUCGAAGAGCCGCAGUAAGCUGUGCUGCGGCAAGCCGCCGCGCUGUAUCGGCGGCUGCGGGAGCUCGAGAAAUUGCUAACUGCUGUGUUACAGCAGGUGGUGUCAGAGUAGUGGCGGCGGCGGCGGCUGCUCGAGAAGCUGCUGACCGUUGUGUUGCGGCCACAGCUGCCGCCAUCGUUGCCGAUGCAGCCACAGCUGCCGCCAUCGUUGCCGAUGCAGCCGAUGGUGAUAGUCUCCCAGCGGUGCCCCGUGCUGAUAGAGCAGCAUCAGAAGCUAGAAAAGCUGCUGAAAGUUGCGAUGAGGCAUUGUCCGAUGCAGGAGCUGAUAAAGAUUUUCUGGACAAGAUGCGGGGCUGGCUGAUGGCGGUGACAACGCUCUUUGUGGGCAUCGCAUUCCAGGCGAUCCUGCAUCCGCCAGUCGGGAUGUCCAGCUGUGACCACUGUUAUAAGUCAGGUGGAAAAACCGCGACCGCGAGUAUUGAAACAGCAUGUUUGUACUUGGCCUUCAACACGAUUACCAUGGCAACAGCAAUCACAUUGCUGGUAAUGCUGCUGGCCAUGAAAAAAACCAUGUCGUCUAUAGUAACCCUCCGUUUCAUAAAAAGUCUGCUGUCGGGCCUCGCCGUGACUGUUGCCUGUUCCUUCAUCACAGCAACAUCCGGGGGUCAGAGGGUUCAACUAUUUACUUUGCUUGUCUUUGGCACGUACGUCUUUGUAGUUUCACUCCAUCCUAUCCUUAGGUUUUAUUUUCGCCUAUAAAGGUACAAGGGAAACCUCUGCCCGUGUAAGUGUAUCCAUUAGUGUUUGAACUUUGAACUUUUCCACCACUGCACAAGGAGCUACUGUUGAAGUGUAUGAGUGGAUUGUACCAGUAUUUUCCAUCAGUUUUGAUUUUCGGAAUA